UUCUUUUAUUCGAGAACCGUUUCGAAUAAAAUAAUAUCACAUUGGAACAAUUGUGGUAUAAAGGUAGAACAACCCAGAAUAAAUUUUAAAAUUAUAAUUUCCAAAAAAAGUCGGGCUAACUUCGUACACUCGUCAUUCUAUCUUUCUUUGAUAUGUAUUGAACAAUAAGGAAAGAAUGACGCUUAGAGCUUACUGUACACGUCAAACGGACGGCAGCCUAUGAAUACCUAAGAUAAAGCUUGUCAGCAUCGAACGAUCUCGCUUGAAAACCUAUUUCCAGAGUUUCCGAGAGCGACGAUGAUGAAACGCACAAUCACCGGUGACCGUUCGAAAGCGACUGGCACGCUGCUUCGCGAUUCGUGACGACGUCGCUGCUGCUGCAGCAGCGAGAAUGAAAAAUGGCCGCGAACGUGAGAACAGAAAUGCGGAUCCCGACACGCGCGGCACCUCGUCCUCCCGGCGCGACACAAAGAGACCCGAUUUGGGGCAGCAGCAAUGACAUAUUCGGAAGCGCUCUGACCAUGGCGCAACCUGUACAGAAAAAGAAACCACCUCCUAGGCCGCCACCUCCAAAGUUCAAUCUGAAUCACACGCAGCAUCAGAGUGACCAGAAACCAAGAAGACCAGCUAGGCCGACAGAGCUGUUGACGAAUUUCUUCGGGCGAAAGAAGCAAGAGAACUCUCUUCUACCACGUGCUACUGGUCAACUUCAGAACCCGAUAUCGCAGCUUACGAACUCCACCACGGCGGUAUCUCUGAUAGAUCUCAGUCCGCCUGGGUCGCCAACGUUCACGACCCGCUCCAGCAGCGACGGAGUCAGCGUCGAUAGCUUUGGCAGUGACGGGAAUUCUAAUCCGUCUGUGUUCACGAGCAGCGGAAACACGUCGCAAACGGAAAGUGCCUUCGAGGAUGACUUCGACUUUUUCGGCCUGUCCGCCAAGAGAACAGCACAGAAUGACCCUUGGCAGGUAAAGACGGCAGCGCAGGACCCGUUCGGCCCGCUGGAGGAUACGUGCUCAAACGUGACUCGAACCGCUGACGAUACGUGCCUCUUCUCUCUCCGCUCCAACGCUAAUUGCGUCGCGAAUCAAGUGCCUUCCAUUCAGACCGUUUCUAAGCCUGCCAUGACGUCGAUGCCCACGAUAAUACGAGCGAGACCUCCCAAGCCGCCAGCGCCGAAGAUACUUAUGAAGAAGCUCGAACCGAUGGCCAAGGAAACGUGUACCGCCGACUACAAAAUUUCAAACAACGGCACAACGAGUAAACCGUUGACGUUAAGUGUCAAUGUUUCCGACGGUACAGCGGAUAAACCGUUGACGUUGGAUUUCUCCAACAUGUGGUUCAAUGCAUGGUCCAAUGACGACGACAGUCCGUCGCCACCCAUGCCAACGAUUCCACCGCCAGCACCGCCGGCAGAUUACUUGGCGGAAUUAAACGGUGAUCUUGGGAGAAGUUCCGAUAAGCCUUACGGUAUCGCAUUGUACGACUUCCCAGCGACACAUCCCGACGACUUGCCUCUGAAGGAGGGCGAUGUCGUACAAUUGGUGAGGAAAAUAAACGACGAUUGGUUGGAAGGAAGAAUAAGGAAUCGUCAAGGGAUAUUCCCGUUUAAUUUCAUCGAUAUUAAAAUACCUUUACCAGGCUUACCGGACAACGUGGUUACGGCACUUUAUACUUUUCAAGGAGAAAGCAGCGACGAUCUGUCGUUUGAGGAGGGAGCGAAAAUUACGGUCAUAUCAAGGAUAUCGGAAGAUUGGUUGUACGGUGAGUACAACGGUAGAAAGGGGCAGUUCCCAGCAAAUCAUGUGAAUAGAUUUCCGCGUAAUAUUUAAGGCGCUGUCUCAUGUUGAGUAUUUUCUACUGAAGAUAAUGAUAAUUCGAAUAUUUUGAGAGCCUUC